AUGAAGUUCUCGCUCGCUGCCAUUCUUUUCGCCGCCGGCAUCCACGCUGCCGCCCUCCAGCCUCGCGUCGACCCUGGAUGCCCGGCCGACAUGCCUCACCAGGUCUCCACUCAGAUCUACCUGUGCUGCGCCUACAUCGUUGAUCCCGAUCAAUGCUGCGACCGUGAUGGCGACAAGGGCAGGGGCUUCAAGGCCUGCCCUGAGACUACGGAAUAG